GUAUGGUAGACUGGAUUCUCGUUUGGUUAAGCGAUUCUUGGGUACAUUUUCUUAUUUUCUGCAGGCCGGAAACAGAAGCAAAUCGUUGCACAUCAGGGUCUCUUAUCGGUUGUCCAACGAAAACAUUGAAGAAAAGAAAAUCCCCUUGUACACACAAUGGCUGCUGCUGCAGUGCUCACCCCAGCCGCGCAGCCCGAUAUUCAAUACGCCCCGGACAUUGAGAAAUGGCACCAACGUACAGCCAAGAGGUUUAGAGAAGAAAAUGACCGUUUGCAGAAAACCCUGCCCGAGGGGUUUCCUGCUCAGUUGCAGGGUAGCCUGGUCUGGGAAGGUAAAACCGUUGGGCAGUCCUACGACUGGACUUAUGUUUUGAACGAGGAGCAGCUAGCAGAAAUAGACGAUGCCGUGAGGCACUUUAAAUCUCUAAACCUACCCCUGGGCCACAUUGAUGCUGCUACAUUCCCACUGCCCAAAACCCGGCCUGAGCUGCGUCGGCUGUCCCGGGAGCUGCACGACGGCCACGGCUUCUUUGUGAUCCGCGGCGUCGACGUGGACCGGCACACGCGCGAGGAGAACAUCAUCAUCUACGCCGGCGUCUCCUCUCACAUUGCGGCCGUCAGGGGUCGCCAGGACUCGACCUUCAACGGCACCAAAGCCGACGUGGUCCUGUCGCACAUCAAGGAUCUGACGCUGCAGCUCCAGCAGCAGCAGGAGGCGCGGGCCGCCAAGAUCAGCAUAGGAAGCCCCGCCUACACGGCAGACAAGCAGGUCUUUCACACCGACAGCGGCGACAUCGUCUCGCUGUUCGCCCUGGGGGAGGCUGCCGAGGGUGGCGCGAGCAAGCUGGCGAGCACGUGGAGGGUCUACAACGAGCUGGCGAGGACGAGGCCGGAUCUCAUCCACACGCUGGCUGCUGAUUGGCCGCUUGAAAAUUUCGACAAAUCAACCAGCGAGCGCUACUUCUCCAGGCCGCUCGUCUACCACCAGCCCGCGUCCGAGAAGCAGCCGGAGCGGAUCCUGCUGCAGUACGCCCGCCGGUACCUGGUCGGGUUCGGCGCCCUGCCGCGCAGCGCCGACGUCCCGCCCAUCACCGAAGCGCAGGCCGAGGCCCUGGACGCGCUGCACUUUCUCGGCGAGCGCUUCCACGUCGCCACUGACUUUCGCAAGGGCGACAUGCAGUACGUCAACAACCUGGCCGUCUUUCACGCCCGGGACGGGUUCAGGGAUACGGUGGAUAAGCAACGGCACCUCGUUCGCCUGUGGUUGCGUGACCCCGAAAACGCCUGGCAGACGCCCGAAAGACUGCGCACGCGUUGGAGUAGACUGUACGAUGGCGUUACUCCCGAGUCGCAGGUGCUGCCCUUGGAGCCUUUUGUGAGAGGCGCCAGCAACGGUGCAGACAGGGUCAACAAGUAGCUUGGUGGUGUUUUACGGGCUAGAAUCUAGCUCUGGGAUAUGCGAGACAGGCAGUCGUGUUGUUUGGAUGCAGUCGUACCCAUAAAGCUUUGCCACCCGGUCAUCGAUUCUGUGCUGGUAAUCCGGAAUUAUCUAAGUCACCCUGAAGCACCUGAAAGCCAAAUAAAUAUCAGCUGCUACUAGCUCUAGUGAUGACUGGGUUAUUUUUGUUUGUAUUCUUUUUGUAGUCGAGAAACACAUUAUCUAGGCACUCCCGUACCGUUUCCCAC